CUGAAUAGAUGACUAAAAAUACAAGGAGAGAAAAAGAAGACAAGCUAAUAAAACACAUUAAGCGUACUCCCCUUUCUUCUUCCUCUACGCUGAUAUGGUGUUCACAGGACUUAUUGAAGCAGUUGGUAGGGUCUCCCGGAUCGAGCAGAUCGAUGAAUCUGAGAAUGGCGGCUGGAGCGUCACACUCACCACUUCUGAGAAUCUUUUGAGUGACUGCCAGAAUGGAGACAGUAUAGCAGUAAACGGUACAUGCCUCACCGUUGUAACGUUCGACAAAACCUCCUUUAAAGUUGGUCUCGCACCCGAAACUCUGCAGCGCACAAACCUUGGUGAACUUAGAGUAGGAGACAGGGUCAACCUCGAGAGAGCGAUGCAGGUUGGCACACGCUUGGGAGGACACAUUGUACAAGGACACGUCGAUACCACGACACGCAUAAAGGAUAUCACGAACGACGGUUCUUCAAUUCGUUAUAAGUUUGAUAUCCCCCCAAAGCAGCACGAUAGGGACAAUGUCGGUCCGUACAUCAUACCGAAGGGCUACAUAACCCUCGAUGGUGCAUCACUCACAGUCACUUUCGUCGACGCACGCGAGAAAACAUUCGGCGUUAUGCUUAUCCCAUAUACACAAUCUCAGAUAACGCUCUCAUCAAAGAAGGUAGGCGACUCCGUCAACCUUGAAGUCGAUAUGGUUGGAAAGUAUGUCGAGAAUGCACGCAUCGCUUUGGAAGGCUUCGUUGAGCGUGCUGUCGAGCGCGUUUUGGAGAGGAAGGGAAUCAUAGGAAAAGCUGCUCAAUUGUUGGGCAGAUGAGAAAGUCGUAAUUGAAACGUUAAUGACGCUCAGGAAGUCUUCACUAUACGUUUCUCUAUAUGCAUUCUUAAAUACACGUUAUUUACUUCUUUAUGUGUAUAUAUACAUUAAUUACAUUGGUUUCCAUUUU